GCGUCGUGGCUUCCUUCUUCUCAAUCAGAUUCGUCAAAUACUGAGAUUCUUCUAUGUCGAUGAUGGGUAUUCAAGGCCAGAUUCUUGAGGUCACUGUUGUUGGGUGUCAGAAGUUGAAAGAUACAGAAUGGAUUUCAAGGCAAGAUCCGUACGUUUGCCUUGAUUAUGGCGGCACGGGACAUCGUACCAGAACCUGCACAGAUGGUGGGAAGAACCCUACAUUCCAAGAAAAGUUUAUGUUCACUUUGAUCGAAGGGCUUAGGGAGCUUAAGGUUGCUGUCUGGAAUAGCAAUACACUGACGACAGAUGAUUUCAUCGGCAACGCAACGCUUCCACUGCAGAAGGUUCUUUCUCAGGGAUAUGAUGACUGUACUUGGACACUGCAGACUAAAACUGGAAGAUAUGCAGGAGAAGUAAGACUCAUUAUGCAUUAUGCUGGAGCCACAAAACAUGACUAUGCUACUGCCCCAUCAGCACCGCCAUACACUUCUCACGGGGCCCAAGUUCCUCUCUAUACAGCGCCACCUCAGUCGCCAUGUCCAUACCCAUCACUGCCGGCUCCAUACUCAGUCCCGCCGCCGUACCCACAAUACCCUCCUCCUCCUGCAUAUCCACCAGUUUCGGCUUACCCUCCUCAGCCAUACCCAUACCCUCCAGUUCAUUCAGCGUAUCCUCCUCCUCCUCCACCGUACAUGGCUUACCCUCCUCCACAAGCUUCCUCGCCUUAUUACCCACCACCAGGUCCGUAUCCGGGACAAUACCCGCCUCCGCCGUACUGAGUUCCGACAUCUCCAAGUGAAGAACCAGCAUCUGGAACUUGUCGGAAAUCAGAUAUGGAGGAUAUCAUCAGUUUUGGUGUUGAGGGAUUUUGCUCUUCUUUGCCUGGUUGCUGUUUCUGGGUUUGUCGAUAAACGAAUCUCCAAAUGUAUGAUAAUGUUCUUUUUUAUAAUUAAGAUGUGUUUUCAAUUU